AUGGAUGUGCCCGACCUGCAUUUUGUAGCUGUGACGAGCGUGCGGCCGCCGAAGAUAACAGAACCACGGCGAGUUCGCCGAGUUUUGGUGAGUGACCCUACCAUCAACUCGGAAACUUUCCAUGGGUGUUACCAAGUGGUCUUGUAUUAUGAAAACUUGAACGAGGAGCUCGGGGAUGCAUGGGUUCUGGCAGGGUGGACUGUGGAUUCACUGACCAGAGCUCUAUCGGAGUACCCAUUACUUGCGGGCCGACUUCAGAGAAAGGAGGAGGGUGACGGUGGCUACGCCGAGGAAAUGGAGAUUGUGUCUAAUGAUAGUGGCAUUCGAAUGGUGGAAGCAAGAAUCUCCAUUGCUCUCUCAGACUUUGUUGAAUCCAGUGAAAGACAUAAUCUUGAGCACGAGCUUGUCUUUUGGAAGGAUAUCGACGAGCAGAGCCCUGAGUUCUCACCCCUGUUCUAUGUUCAGGUGACGAGCUUCAAAUGUGGAGGGUAUUCGAUCGGCAUUAGCUGCAGUCUGCUCCUGGCAGAUUUCCUGGUGGUCGAUAACUUCCUCAAGAAAUGGGCGGACAUACACAAGAACCAAGUAGCACGUAGUGCAGAAACAGAAACACCCAUAUUUUAUCAUCCUCGUCUAAGACAUCCAGAAUCUCUUCCCGCCGCUAUAACUAGACGUACGCCAUACAGAAAUGGAGGCCAAAACUUAUUAUUCAAGAUCGCUGCUUCAGAAGAUUCAGAGUUUGAGAGGGAAUUAGCUCGUCUUUGUGUUCGCGAGGCUGAGAAAAAGCUCCGCAGAGAGAUUGGUUCGGAGUUUUGUUUGUUUGUGAAGGAAGCCCAUGAGGUUGUCAUGGUGGAGACCUGUUCAGAGGGUGAAAAAAGCGGGCAGGCAAGGGGGCUCAAGAAUCAAAUGAGUAGUACGACAUGGGACGAGUUUGGAGAUUACCACGUAGAGUUUGAGGAAGGGAACAGGCCUGUCCAUGUGUUUCGUAGGAUUGGAUCGGCUUCUGAUAGGAUCUUCGCAGCAGUCACAUACCCAAAAAAAGGCGUCUAUGUCGCGGUUGUGGUCAUUUCACCUUGCUGCUGA